AUGACAGAAGAAAUAUGGACAUCACGAUAUGGCGAGCAACUGAAUUGCUGGCAAAUGAAUGGUUCUUUUGGAGCAUUCCGAGAUCUUCUGUCAAAUAAUCGUCGUAAGCCACCACCUCAGCCUUUCUUCACGUGGAAAGGAAACUACUACACAUAUUUCCAAUUUCCACCCGCAGUUCCACCUGUCGUCAACGUAUCUGGGCCAAAAUUCUUCUUUGACUCUGCCAAUGAUAUUAAAGGAGGAUCAAUGCACCUGGACGAUCAUCGUUGUUUGAAUGCGAAAAGGAUGCGCACGGAUCCCAACCACUCUUCAUCCCGUACGCCCCUCUCGCUGCAAAACGACAGCGCUGAUUUGCCGUGGAACUCCGCUGCCGGCUCCCGUGGCAACACAUCCUCAACGUUGGCAGGAUCUCAUCAACAUUAUCCAGCUGAUACUCUGUGGUUGGGACAAAUGAAUUCUGCAUCGGAGCUCGAGUGCAAUUUCGACGAUUUGCCAUCUCCAGAGGAUACCAACAGUAUGUCAGACAUGUGCAAUUCGAAUUGUUCGGAAACAGACAAAACAAACAAAUCAAAGAAGAAAGAAAAACCUGACCAACCUCUGUAUGUUCCUCCAAAUCGUCGAAAAUCAGAAGAGUCAUUUGGGAAAGACGGAUCACAUGCUUCACUCUCUCCAAAAUCAACGAGUGCAGAAGUAAUGCCUACCCGAAAACAUUCUACUCUUCUCAAGAACCAUGAAAAUAUCAUUUGUUGUAGUUCUGAACUACUUUCACACUCGUCAACUGAUAGCCAUGACGAGGACUUGGUGGUCAGUCAUGUCAAGGUUGUUUCCGGAUUUAACAAAGAGCCGCGAAGCGACGACGACCUCUUGCCACGACCACUUGCGGUCAAGAAAAAGGAAGCCCGAAAAGGCUUGCAAACCUGUCCAUCUGGAUCUUCAGAGAGCGAAUGCCAGAACACAGCUGUUUGGCCAACCACUUCAUCAUCACCUUUGAAGAAUGGACGGCUUACUGGACGGUUAAAUAGUCGAAUCGGAUUUCAAGAACGGAAAGAGCACACGUAUACAGACAUUCAAACAGAAGUAACCGAACCUUUCAUCGAUUCCCAUUGCCAUUUAGAUUUUAUUUUCAAAAAAUUUGGUUAUGGAGGCAUCGAUGAUUGGCUGCUAUCUGAACCUGGGCUUUCACAUAAAAAGUUUCGUGGAUGCAUACCUAAUUUCAUCGAGCCGAGUUUGUUCGCGAAAGGUGGGGAAAACUCACCACAAUAUGAUUUUGAUUGGAUACUGCAACAGCUACAGAGCAAUUACGUAUUAGGAGCAACAUACGGCUGUCAUCCUCACUUCGCGGACUCCUUCAAAGAUUCGAUCCAUGACACACUAGUUCAUCUAUUGGAAAAUCGAAAAAAGUCCAAACUUCUAGCGAUUGGAGAAUGCGGAUUAGAUUACAUGAAAAGCGAUGUAGUCUCGGAAGUGCAAGUCGAAGUGUUCAGAGCACAGCUGGCUCUAGCAAAAGAAUAUCAGAUACCUUUGGUGAUCCACUGUCGAUCGGGAUCGAGAGGGCUAGGUGAUGCUGAAAAGAUUUGCUUGUCCGUCAUGAAUGAUGUGGGCCUUUCUCGUUUUCAUAAUAUUCAUCGACAUUGCUUUACCGAGAGUUGGGAAGUUGCGAAGAAAUGGAUAGAUGCAUUUGACAAUAUCUACUUUGGGUUCACAUCGGCUGUUGCGAAUUGGGAACAAUCUGCUCCUGAAAAGUAUGAGGUACUAAAGCGGCUUCCACUACGGAGGAUAUUGCUCGAAACUGAUGCUCCUUAUUUCAGACCUCGUCAGUACGAUGCCGCCAAAACGAGUGUAUGUGAGCGAUUUGCGUUGCCACCAAUGGCUGUUAAUGUUGCGUUUGUAAUUGCCAAAGCGAAAAACAUGGAUGUAAAUGACGUGAUACGUGAAACAACACAAAAUGUCUUACAGAUGUACUGUAUCAAGGAAGAUGAAUUUUUUGUUAGCUAG